CCGAUUUUAAUAGGCAGCCCUUAGAAUUUUCACGGUAUUUCUCAAAUUUUCAGUUUUCACAGUUGCAAUUCAAGGGAAUCACACAAUCAUGUUCUAUUAUUACCUUUUUCUGGUGCUCCUCUUUACACGCAGAACUGUCAUUCUGGGAACGAUUCGUGCCGAAAAAAUACAGAAUGGAGGAUCAAACGUAAAUACUAUUUCAGUAAAGCCUUCUUGGACCAGAGAAAUCUUCAUUGUGGAUGAGACUUCAACGGAGAACACUGCUGAUGUAGAUGACACCGAGCUGGAUCGCAAGUUGGAAACUAGACUUCAUAGUGACAGCUCUCAGUCGCAAAAACAGCCACCACAGGAAAUCGGAGGAUCAUAUCCGUGGGCACGACCUGUAACGGAAAGCGCGGGUGCUCAGGAAACAAGGGGAAGGGGUGGCUUUCUUCACGACGAUGAAAAAGCAGUGAUGCAGGCGUGCUGCUGUUGCUGUUGCGCUCAUUGGUUAAACAAGAUACCCUCCUACCCGAGCUGGAAGGAUUACUUAUUACCCUCCCGCAGGAAGAAUAAGAACAAGGAACAAUUGGAGAGAUCCAGCACCCGUACCUAGUCUCAGAACGGUGAAUCCAUUAAUAACUCUGAUCGAAAUUUUAGGAGCAUUCAUACAUUACUUAAGCGAUCGUAA